CUCGGCUCGUGGCACCGAGGCCAAACAUAAGUCAGCGCCAUCGUCAUGUGGCUCCGCUCAACCCCGGAUUCCUCGCGCUCCUCAUUCGCGACCGUGGAUAUCUCGACUUCAACAUCAACUGCGCCGAUGAUUCCUCCCCGAUGACCGACUCGAGCUUCGUCCAAGCCCAGCGCCUCGUCGCCGCGCGUCGCCAGGCCCGCGAGACCGAGGCUGUGGCUCGCGUCGCCGCCGCCCGGCAAGCUUCCCGAGCCCGCGCCAACCUCGAGCGCCUGCCCUUCCCCUUGAACCGAAUCGGGUCCGCCUGGGACGCUGUCUCCACGAGAGAAGGUACGCGACCGGAGUUUCGCGUCGGACAGGUCGAUGCGGAGCUGCUGGACGGGGAGCUGGUGAGCAUCCUGAAGGACCAGGUGUGCGAGGCGCUCAAAUACUUUGGCGGCGGACAUCUUCACGAUGACUGGUCGGCCGAGAUUAUGCUGGCCCUGAGGGCGGUGCUUUUCAAGCUCACAGUCUGGGACCACGAUGCGACGUACGGCGCCGCUCUUCAGAACCUGCAAUUUACCGAUGCGAGAAGGCAUGGGCCCAUUCUGACGCCCCCGUCCAAGACACAGAAGUCCCUGUACGGAUUGGUGACUGUGUUUGGGAACUACGCUUGGACAAGAUGGGAGGACUGGCUUGUGGAACACGAAGAUGGCUAUGAUGAGCCCAGCCCUAGAUUGCGACGGUUGUCACGGUUGACAUCAGCCCUGUCAACGGUCCACUCAGGGGCAGCAUGCAUCUCAUUCUUGGUAUUUCUUUUCCGAGGGCGAUAUCGAACGUUGCUGGACCGAAUCCUGAGGAUGAGACUGGCACCCCCCACAAGCCAAGUGAGCCGCGAGGUCUCGUUCGAGUAUCUCAACCGUCAGCUCGUCUGGCAUGCCUUUACCGAGUUCCUGCUCUUCGUGCUCCCGCUCAUUGGCAUCCAGCGAUGGCGGCGAUGGAUAACCCGAACAUGGCGUAAAACAAAGGAAAUUGUUCGAGCUGGACCACAGGACGGAGACAAGGCGAAUGGCGAGUAUGGCUUUCUCCCCGAGAGGACAUGCGCCAUCUGCUACCAGGAUCAGAACGACAACGCCUCGACCGAGACAGAAGUCAUGGCCGCCGCGGCAUCUAGUGGCGUUAUUGGCUCGGCACAGACAGACAUUACCAACCCAUACGAGACAAUACCCUGUGGAUGCAUUUAUUGCUUUGUAUGCUUGGCAACGCGCUUGGAGAGAGAGGAAGGAGAGGGCUGGACGUGUUUGCGAUGUGGUGAACAUGUCAAGGAGUGCAAGCCAUGGACUGGAGAUGUGCUCGAGCCGUCAGGAAAGUCUUCGUCAGCUAAGACGGUGGCAUUCUCAGACGAUGUCGUUGCCAGUGGGGUGCUGGUCGACGAGAAGGAUGAUGCGUCAUUGGUAGAGGCACUGAGCAGUACCGACUCAGACUCAUGAUCAUCAGAUGGGGCAUAGACAUAAUAGGACCACUGACAUGAUAGAUCUGGCUGAGCCCAGUGUAUACAUACAUGCACAUAUAAAUGAUUACUUUGUACAACAUAUCUAGGGAAAUGGAAAACAGCUUCUUUUAAACCGUGAA